AUGAUGCAGACAUACUUUGGAGGUGUAAUGGGAGCGAUACGACUGGAUGACCUUCAAGUGUUGCAGUUCUGUUGUAGUUGUGUGUGUCGUUGUGGAUUACAGGAUACUGCGGGAUUUGGAGUAGCUGAAGGUGCGUUGUGUGUUGCAUGCACAUCCGUCAAGUAUCGGAAGAAUGAGGACAAGUACAACACGUUGAGGCACACUAAACCCAGAUGUAGUGAUAUGGUUAACUCAUUGCACUAG